ACGAGUAUUCCCCUGUAUCUCAUUUUUUACCUUCAAUGUAAUACGACUGCUCUUUUAACUCUACCAUGGCUCCACUUUUUUUCUUCGGUUUCAUGCUUUCCAUGUUUUCAAUCUCCGUUCUUCCUCAGUCUCUCAAUAAUAUCUCUCAUCAACAACAACAAUAUUUGCUCUUGCAAUUUAAAGCUGCCAUUUUGAACAAUAACAUUUCACUGCGCAACUGGACUCCCUCUCUACCCCUCUGCAAUUGGACCGGCGUUAACUGCCAUCCCUCUUUUCACUCUGUCCUCGCCCUCAAUCUGUCUUACAUAAACUUACACGGCACCAUCUCUCCUAUCCUGGGGAAUCUUUCCUCUCUUCAAACCAUAGAUCUCUCUGGCAAUGCCCUCACUGGUACCAUUCCACCUCAACUAGGCCAACUUCCCUGCCUGAAAAUACUCUGGCUCCACGACAAUCACUUACAAGGAACUAUUCCGCCCACUCUCUCUGCUUGCCGUAGUCUAUAUUACCUGGAUCUCUCCUAUAACCAACUGCAUGGCAGCAUACCACCCGAGCUGAGUCUCCUCGCAAGUCUGAAGAACCUUACCUUGGGAGCAAACAAUCUCACCGGUACCAUUCCGUAUUCUUUAGGAAAUCUGUCAGCCUUAGUUAGACUGGAUUUGCAAAUAAAUGAUCUCAUAGGUACCAUUCCGCCCACUAUCUCCGCUUGCCGCAGUUUGCAUUACCUUGAUCUCUCUUUUAACCAACUGCAUGGUAGCAUUCCACCCGAUCUAGGCCUCCUUACAAGUUUGAGGAUCCUUUACUUGGGAGCAAACAAUCUCACUGCCAUUCCUCAUUCUUUAGGAAAUUUGUCCGCCUUAGUUAACUUGGAUUUGGCAGAAAAUGAUCUCACAGGUCCCAUUCCCCCUGAACUGGGCAUGCUCACUCACCUACAGAUGCUUCAGCUUUUUCAAAACCACCUAUCAGGUAACAUUCCCUCCUCUUUAACAAAUCUCUCAAAAUUGAAUAGAUUGGAUUUCUUUCAAAACCAGCUGAGUGGACAUAUUCCAUGGGACAUUGGUACCAAGCUCUCCAAUUUGAAAUACCUCAGUUUAUGGGCAAAUCAGCUUAGUGGAAACAUACCAAAUUCCAUUGGAAAUUGUUCGGGUCUCGAAGUACUUUCGUUAACCAAAAACCAGCUCGGUGGAAUGGUCCCAAUGGAGCUCGGUAAGUUGAGCCUCCUUACCACGCUUUAUCUAAGCCAAAAUCAACUUGUUAGUACCAGCAGAAACACAUUGGCUUUUCUCAAUGAUCUAACAAAUUGCUCUCACUUGCAAUUAAUAGAUUUGUCAGCUAAUUAUCUCACUGGUAUGUUGCCUCCAUCCAUCGGCCACCUGUCUACUAAUCUCUCUCACUUGAAUUUAUCAAGCAAUAUGAUGAGUGGAGCCAUACCACAGCAAAUUUCCAAUCUGACAAAUUUAACCUUCUUAGACUUGGGCAAUAAUUUUUUCAGUGGCAGCAUUCCAUUUGAAAUUAAAAAACUCCAGAAGCUGGAAAGAUUGUAUCUGAAUGGGAACAAAUUAGGAGGCGGCAUUCCAAUGGAGAUAGGUCAAAUGCAACAUCUCGGACUCUUAAAUCUUGGUCAAAAUCAGCUGUCUGGUAAAAUACCAGAUUCUCUUUGUAGCCCCCAACAACUUAGGCGUCUUCAUCUUCAGCAUAACAACUUAUCAGGUGAGAUCCCUGCCACUUUAAAUGGAUGUCGCAAUUUGGAGCUCCUUGAUUUCUCUUACAAUAAACUACGGGGAAGGAUACCUCGUCAACUCAUUGCCAACCUUCAAAACCUACAAUUUUUUCUCAAUCUUUCAUGGAAUUCUCUCCAAGGGUCCUUGCCACAGGAGAUGAGUAAAAUUGCAAACGCUCAAGCCAUAGACAUAUCUGGGAAUCGACUUACUGGGGUGAUUCCAAAUGCUCUAGGAGACUGCACACAAUUAGAGCACCUAAAUCUGUCAUACAAUGCCUUUGAAGGUCCAAUACCAGAUUCACUCUCCAAAUUACUAAAUCUCCAGGAAAUGGACCUCUCUGUCAAUUUUCUAUCAGGUUCAAUACCAAUGUCCCUUGGAAGACUAAAAGUACUUAACUACAUAAAUGUUUCUUUCAAUAAUUUGUCAGGUCAAAUUGCAGAUGGAGGGCUGUUUCCAAAUAGAACUGUUAUAACAUUGUUUGAGGGUAACCUUGGCCUCUGUGGCCCAACAAACUAUUCAUUGCCUCCAUGCCCAAAGCAGACCCAAAAAAAGAAUUCACUGCUCAAAAAGAUAUUAUAUUCAGUUGCUGGAGCCAUUGCUUUAAUACUAAUCUCUUUCAUUACACGAAUGUUGUGGAAGCAUAAAUUUUCAAGACAACUAUUGCAUCCCUCAAAGCUUUUUCUUCAAAGGCUCAGCUAUCCAAAAUUUCCUUUUCAAGAUCUUGUCGUUGCAACAUCUGGAUUUGAUGAGUCAAACUUGCUUGGAGUGGGUAACUUUGGUUCAGUAUAUAAAGGGAUUUUGAGGAAUGGAAAGAUCGUUGCCAUCAAGUCUCUUAAUUUGCAUAAUGAAGAAUCUCAAAAGAGUUUUAACACAGAAUGCAGAGUGUUAGGGAGGAUUAGGCACCGCAACCUCAUUAAAAUCAUAAGUGCAUUUUACUACCCUAGCUUGAAAGGUUUGGUUCUUCAAUAUGCAUCAAAUGGGAGCUUGGAAAAUCAUUUGCACCCUAACAGAGAGGAUCAGGACCUUUUUGAGUUGGGAUUGAGUGAGUGUUUGAGCAUUGCUACAGAUGUAGCCCAUGGCAUGGAAUAUUUACAUCAUGAUUGUCCUUUGCAAAUUGUGCAUUGUGAUUUAAAACCUAGCAAUGUGCUCCUGGAUGCCAACAUGACAGCCCUUGUGACUGAUUUUGGUAUAUCCCGUUUAAUUACUACUCCAAACUCUAUAGAUUCACUGAGUACAACAACAUUUGCACUCAGGGGAUCUAUUGGCUAUAUUGCUCCAGAGUAUGGAUUGGGCGGGAAUAUUUCUAUAAAGGGAGAUGUUUACAGUUAUGGAAUUCUGAUACUAGAGAUGGUUACAAGGAAGAGGCCAAGUGAUGACAUGUUUGUGGGAGACCUAAAUUUGCAAAAGUGGGUGAGUUCAGCUUUUCCAAAUAGAGUGGCAGAAAUUGUUGACAGUAGGCUGCUGAUGGAUGUGAAUUCAAACAUGGAAGAGAAUGGAUUUCUACUUUCUUUCAUUCAUGUUGGUUUGCUAUGCACCAAUGAAUCGCCAAGAGAACGACCCUCCAUGAGAGAUGUAUCCAUGGCCUUGGAGAACCUCAAGACAUCUUUGAAAGGAAAUAUAGUUUCCUCCAAUUUAACAUCUACUAUAUCAGACCUCCUACGCAAUACCAAUCCCACUACAUUAUCAGCAUCAGACAGUCAAAGUUCUACAUUUUAGAUGUUUCGAGUUUCUCCCUUGUGUAGUCAAAUAUAGAAGAUUUAUCCAGCAAAUUUUAGGCUAUGGUGUUUAAGGCCAAAUGUUAUAAUGUACAAUAUAUCAAUGAAAUGUAUGUUGCGAAUUAAUUAUUGAAACCUAAAUUUGUUGUUUAA